GCUCAGUGUCAUUGCGCACGUCGCGUCGGACGCACGUCCCGAAACUAGCGCGUCCAUUAUCAAUUCGCAUCCACGUGUUUUUGUGAGUAAAUAAUCAGUGUAUCGAGUCAAUUGAGCGGUCGUGUUGUUUUUAAUAGUGCAUACCGUGUUUCAACAAUUGGAUUGCCCGAGAGACGUGUCUGCAGCGUCCGCCUUCACGAAUCGACUCGAGGUGUAGUGAUUACGUUUUUCUUUUUUUUUUUUUCAACAGUAUCUUCAGUAUUAAAUUAGUGAUAAAAGUGAAAGUGCUAAAACGAACAGUAUUGAUGUAGCUAAGUGAUAACACCGAGAUGUCUAAAGAAAAGAAUGGUUAUAGUUAGUUAGGAUGUCAGAAAGGUGACAUACGGAGCUGGGCCUCCGGCUGCUGUGUGAAGACAUACGAAAACAUUCCUCUAUUAAAAAUUCUGACCCAGGGCCCGGUGGAAAACAGCAAGGAUAUCUGCAAAAUGACCAAGGGCCCUCGGAAGGUGAAGCUAGUCAUUGUAGUCAACAAUAAGAAAGACCCGCCUACGUUUAAGACCCUGACGCCCACAUCUCGCACACAACUGAAGCAGCAGUUGAUGCGAGAACAUGCCCAGGAGCAGCUGCGAAGAGAAUCACAAAACCAACAAGCUGGACAAUCCAAAGACAAUGAAGAGCAUAAAAAGAAGUCCUCGCCGACGGAGGUGCCUAGGAUUACGCCACACGUCGAAUUACCGCCACAAGUCCUACAGGUCCGAACAGUUCUGGAGAACCCCACCAGGUAUCACGUGAUACAGAAGCAGAAGAGUCAGGUACGACAGUACCUCAGCGAGUCCUUCCAACCACACACACAGGUGGCGACGACACGUGGUCCGCCCACGCAGUCAGCGCCUGAGCUCGGUGCCAAACCACCGGCAUCGCCAGACCGACCGUCUUCGAGUUUGCUCAGCCCAGGAAUGUGCUCUGUCGGCACUAAUAACUCGGAGGCUGACGAGUUCCUAGAAGACAUACUAUCCCUGGACAGCGGCGCCGGACCCCUGUCAUCGUCGGGCCCCCCCUCGGCCGCCAGUUCCGUGGCAGGGGACUGCGCGAUGCUCUCCGAUGCGGACAUGCACGCGCUCGCUAAAGACAGACAGAAAAAAGACAAUCACAACAUGAUCGAGCGCCGUCGGAGGUUCAAUAUAAACGACCGGAUAAAGGAGCUUGGUACGUUGCUGCCGAAGACGAAUGACCCCUUCUACGAAGUGAUCCGUGACGUGAGGCCGAACAAGGGAACCAUACUCAAGAGCAGCGUCGACUACAUCAAGUGCCUGCGAGACGAGGUCAACAGGCUCAAGCAGAGCGAGCAGCGGCGGAAGCAGAUCGAACUCCACAACCGGAAGCUGAUGCUCAGGAUACAGGAGUUGGAGCGUCUGGCGCGCGUGCACGGGCUGCCGGUGUCGGGCGGGGAGGGCUCCCCCCCGCACGCCGCUCCCCCCGCCGCGCCCCCCGCGCCGCACGACGAGCCGCCGCCCACGCAGCCUGAGGUGGUACUGCCGAAGACGGAGCCUGCACCCCUCAUGGAGCUUAACGAGCCGCCCCCGGACUUACUCCGGGACAUGCCCUCAACGGAAUGCCUCUCAGCCUUGGACGCUUUAGACGGUCUGAAGUUAGGAUCCUGUUCGCCUCUCAGUCGAGACGAGGGUCUCUCGUUGGGAUGUCUAGAACCGGAUCUGUGCCUAGAUCCAGUUCCAGAGAACCUGUUUAGUCAUAAGGAUAUCAAGAUGCGUCUGUCUCCACUGUUGGGGCCCGAGGACAGCAGCGCGGCGCUCAACCUCGCGCAAAUAGAAGACCUCAUGGAUGACGACUCACACAAUCCAGUCACGCAAGGUGAUCCGAUGUUGUGUUCGUCGCCCACCUCGCAGCUGUGCCUGAGCGACGUAGUGGCCGAGGCGGCUGACCGGAAUAUAUCGUCAAUGUUACACGACGAUCACGCAGGGUUCCCACACAACACCGGCAACUGUUCGUCUUUAAUGUCCGAAAGCUCACUAGGCCUCGGAGGUCUCGGAGCUCUGACUGAAGGCUGCCUCCCGAGCUUUCUGAUGGGAGGUCCCCACCACCACGCCCCGCACUCGCCCCACUCGCAUCCACGGCAGCACUGCUUCGACAUGGACCUCGGGGCAUGAUAACAAACAACACGACUUUGGUGCUUUUAGGACAUAAUCAAAGUGAAUACUAGUGUAAAAUAGUAGGGACAUAAAUUUAGAAAAACGCCAUCUGUUGGCCGAGGUGUGAACUAAACCGGUGCUGCCAUCAUCUUCCAAAGUGAAAUGAACACGCUAUGUCUUCCGUGAAGUUCCUUUAUCUCCUUGUGCAACAUUUAUUUCGAUACGAAAUAUAUUGUCUAUUUAAAUAUUAUAAAGAAAUGUUCAAUACAAGUAAUGUGAUUAGUUAAUGCCUCGUUUGUUAAUUAAAUAUUAAUUGUUGAUCGAAAAGCUCAGUGUUGCUAUUGAUGAAAUUUUUAUUGUAACUCAAGUAAGUCGAAAAUUUCGACGUGAAAUUGGUAUUAAUUGUAUUUUUAGGCGCCUUCGGAUUUUUGAAGGUGUUUUUAAUUACGUAAAGGAAAAACACGAGUAUAUUAUUUAAAGCAAAGUUACCAGCAUACGAAUUUCCUACUAAGUUAGUAAAAAAAAAAUAAGAAUAACAUAAGACAAUAAACUGUUCAUAUGAUGAACGUAACAAUUAUGCAAUACAGAUAAAAAAAAUAAAGUGGUCUAAAGAACUAUUUAAGAAUAUGUAAUCUUAUUCCGCAUCUUGUAUCUAUUAAAUGAUUAUGAUUCUAGAGAGAGAGAAAAAAUUGAUUCAUAAUCGGUCAAUCGUAUCAGUGUUGCCAUAAAAGCUGAAUUAAGGCAUCUUCUUCUCAAUAUGUGAUAUUAAACGCGCAAAAGAAUUAAUAUAUUUUUAUAGUAUUUAAGUUCUUUUUUUUUUUCCAAACUCGUCCAAAGCUCGCUUUGAGAUAUGGUGCUUUAGAUGCCGAACACAUUUCUGUUUGUUGUCGCUUGAUAUUACAACGUGUUAUUUAGUGCAUAUUAAAAUUCAACUUUGAAAAGUUAAUUUAUUAUCCGUCAUAGUCUUCCAAAUUAUUACAAUGUUUUUUUUUUGUUUUUUUUUUUUUAAAUCCGAUUAAUUCCGCUUCGAAUUUAAUUUACCGUUAGUUAAUACGUACAAACGUGCAUUAUGUUUUGCAAUUAAAGACACGAGUGGAUGAAGGCGAUAUGAUACUUUUUGUUAAUUUUGAGAAAACGAGCAGCAAACUUUUGUUACUUGUAAUUUUUAUUCGUAAAUAACUCUUUCAUCACAUGCAAUUUCUAAAAAUAGCCUUUAAACCCGAAGUUUUAAGGUCUAAUAUGGUUUAUAGGCACAUAACACCUUCAUUCAAUGUAAAAACUCAAAAAUUCAAAAAAAUUGUACUAAACCCCUUCAUCCACUCAUGUCUUCAAUUGUGUGUAUGUACACGUGUCGUAACCAAGACACACAAUCAUGUACAGAUAAGUAUUAAUGUGAUAAAAUAAUAAAAUAUUAUAUAAAUAUACACAUAAAUAUUUUUAGAUGGAGUUUAUUGAUGUAUGUACGUCAUACGUCAAAUGUAUUUAUUUUAACGUGAAAUUAAUAAUGCUGUUUGCAUUGUAUUUAUGUGCCUUCUGAGCUGAAUUUAACGAAGCGCUCUGUAAAUAUAUAGUAAUAUUGUUUUUGGAUCACUAGUUACAUAUAACACGUUUUAUUUAAAUGAAUUGUUAUGUUUUUUUUAAAUGUGACGUCACGUUACGGAUGCUGGAAAGAUUGCAAGAUUUUGUGAAAUUCGAAAGUAAUUGAGGCCGUUAGGGCAAAAGUUGCCUAAGCUUACCAUAGUUAUUAUAGAGUAAUGAGGUUUAAGUUUUCAUAUGAAUUUGAAUUUGAGUAGGCAAAAAAACAAUACGCGCAAAAAUAAUCUUUACAGAGCCAUCUGUUAUCUAUGGGUGAAACUAUGAAUAGGCCGGUUUGCCAUCAAAAUCACUACAUAGUAUAAAACAAAGUCGCUUUCUCUGUCCCUAUGUAUGCUUAAAUCUUUAAAACUACGCAACGGAUUUUGAUGCGGUUUUUUUAAUAGAUACAGUGAUUGAAGAGGAAGGGUUAUAUGUAUUAUAACAUCCUUUAAAUAGUGGAGAAAUACUGUUAUUUUUGAGGUUUCUAAUGUGAUGUCGUAAAUAAUCAAUAAUAACAUUUCAUGUUUCCGAAACGAAGCAGGGGCGGGUCGCUAGUUUAUUAUAUUUUAAAUAAAUUGCAAUAAACAUAAUUAUAAGCGUGAUUAUGAAAAAUUGUGGGUUAGGCCACUUUUGCGCUGACGGCCUCAAUUUUUGAGAUGAUGAUCAUCCCGAACUCUAGGAUUCUGCGGAUUCUCGUCACCGAUAAAAACGAUUGUUGUAAUCUUACGUGAAUUAAUCGAUUGAGUGACAUUUAGAGCUGUCAUCGAAUAGAAACAAAAAAAAUCGAUUAAAAUCUGAAUUGGACCGGCGAUAAUUACAAUAAAUCUCACGUGCAGGGUGUAGAGAAUAAAUUUCCGAAAAUUAUGAUAUUUUUUUUUAAACAAUACAUGUACAAUACCGUAGAUUGGGGGUAAUUGAGACCCUUUCCAAAUCUAACACAAAUUUUCAAUGGUUUUUCUUAAACUAAUAAAAUUGAGAUUAAAAUGGUUCCGGAGGGUUAAAACUUUGUAUAAUUAUUAUACAUAGUUCAAAAUACACAAAAACUGAAAAAAACUAGCUUGACCCGAUUCACCUUGGCCUCGAGGUGAAUCAGGUUAGAGACAAUAUAGUUUUUCGAUAGGGCUGGCACUAUUUAGUUGUUAGGUAGGUACCUAACUUUAGGCAAUUAAAUUUUUAAUAUAUUUAAUGAGUUACAAAACUUUGAUGACUAAAUUAAAUUAUUUAAUAUUCUUAAAUACAAAAUAAAAGUCAUUUUGAGUUCAACAAAGUUAAAUUUAACAACGCAACAAAAGUAUUGUGACACCCCAAAAUUGUCCCUAUUUUAACUCUAGUCUCUAUUCCCUCCAAUCUACUGUAUUCUUUUUUCAUACAAAAAACUUGAUUAAACUGUAAAGCUUAUAAUGUAUUUUUACGUAUAGACUAUGUAACCUCGAUAGUGGCUUCGUGUCUCGACGCGUCACACUGUGAUGUCCAUGGACUCCGGAACCACUUAACACCGGGUGGGCCGUGAGCUCGCCCGCCCGUAAAGGCAACUAAUGUCAAUGUCAAUGUUAGAGGUGUAGGCUAGUAGAAGAAUUUUUUUUUUAUCACGUUCGAAUCGUAUGAUGAUGAUGAUGAUGACGAAAAUAUGAUGAUCGACUCCCGGGAACUCUGUCUUCAUCCUGCACGCACCAGACUGACGGUGCCUUGUCGCUCCGGUGGACGACCUACCUAUAUCCGUCAUACAAACACACACAAAAACUGAUAUUGAAUAGACAGUGAGAAUUCAAACUUAGCAAUAAUGAUUUAGUAAAAAUAAGUUUAAUGCUUUUUUUUCGUCUUUCAACUGAUUGGCUUUAAAUUAAAAGAAAUUGUUCUCUUUGAGGUUUUUUUUGUAAUUUAUUUGAAGUAAAUUUUAAUGGAAUUGAUAUUUGAAAAAUAAAAAAAACAAAAAAUAGGAAAAUAAAAAUAUACAGCCUUACACUGGUACGGAUACGAUGGAAGCCAAGAACAAAACGUAUUAUCUAUAUUUAUAAGGAUUUUUAAUGAAACAGUGAUCAAUUUAAUUAUUUUUAAUGUUUAGUCCAUAGGUUAAAUAAAAAAAUUGAAUCGUUUUUUUUUUGUUGUUAUCAAAAUAUUUAUGGUGAUGAUGCGUGCGGUUGUGUGUCGCUCGAUUUUAUGAUCGUCUAAAAAUAAUUAAUAAUCAAUAUUUUUUAACGUUUUAUUAGAAAAAGUUGUAUAGAUAAAUUCUACAAAAAAUUACAUAGCAUAUAAAAACAUAUUUUCUACAUUAUUAUUUUUUGUGAAUGUAAUCAUUAUAUUUUUGAUAUGGCAAUAUGGCGAAGUGCACGUCAAAUCGAGCGCGGGAAACACGUUUUAUUUAUGAAUGUUAUUUAAUAUUGUAUGAGAUUAAAUAAAAAGAGAAAGAUACAAAAAUGUGAAGUACAAAAAAAAAACUGAAUGCAAUAAUUGAAUGCAAGAAUAAAA